GUUUUGCAUGGGAGCCGCAUGGCGUGACCUAAAUGGCAGAAAAUCCAAUUUUAACAAAAUUCUGCAUUACGUAAAGGAAAUAAGAUCCAUGGAUAUGGAAGUCUGCUGCACGUUGGGUAUGCUGGAUGAAGUUCAAGCCAAAGCGUUAAAAGAAGCAGGAUUAACAGCAUACAAUCAUAAUCUGGACACAUCACGAGAGUAUUAUCCCAAGAUCAUAACCACCAGAUCGUAUGACGAACGUCUUGAAACAAUUUCGAAUGUCCAAAACGCGGGUAUUUCGGUAUGCUCCGGAGGUAUCAUAGGAUUGGGUGAAAAUUCAGAAGAUCGUGUAGGUAUGUUACAUACCUUGGCCACAUUACCUCAACAUCCUGAGAGUGUGCCAAUCAAUGCACUCGUACAAGUUGAUGGCACUCCGCUAGAAAAACAGGAGCCCGUUUCGAUUUGGGAGAUGAUCCGAAUGAUCUCGACAUCGCGUAUAAUCAUGCCCAAAUCGAUGGUAAGAUUAUCAGCUGGUCGUGUACGGUUCUCAAAACCGGAGCAGUCUUUGUGCUUUUUGGCCGGAGCAAAUUCCAUAUUCACCGGAGAUAAAUUGUUAACAACCGAUAAUAAUGAUUUCAACGAAGAUCAGGAAAU